AUUCGCGGACGGCUGCUAGGCGCCUUACAACGCGGACAAGAUGAAGUGAAGUUGAUCAGUACUCUUUGGACAACACAGGAUACAUGUUGUUUCGUCAAAUAAAAGUGAGGGUGAUUAAAAUGUGAUAACUUCAUCAUAGUCACAUUUUCCAAUUGAUAACGGAUAUUUUUGCCGCUAUCCUGUGGCGACUGCUGACUCUUGUCGAGUGUUAGAAUGACUCGUAAUGUAAUCAUGUCAUGCUGAAUUGAUUUGUCACAAAAGUGACAUGUUUAAGUGCGAAUGGAAUAUGAAUAAAUUAUGUGCUAACGGCGCUUGGCAUCUGUGUAAAUACCUAAUUUGGAAUAUAUUGGAAUUAGCGGGAUAAUUGGUGCGCAAACAGUGUUAACCAAUUGUUGGAAUCGUCUGCCUUUUCCACAAGCAUAAGUGCUCAGAAAGGGUGUAGUGCUAUCCACGGACUGGGAAUAAAUUAUUUAUUGUGGAAAAAAUAUCGCGAAUCUCACGGAAAAGUUUGUCUCAAAAUGGCAUCGAGUACACCAAACAUCCCAACAAGUUCUGGCAGUAAUUCGUCCCUCACUAAUGCACAUACUGACGAGCGAUUGGUGGUCGCAGUACGAAUACGUCCCCUAAGUGACGCCAGCGAACCUAAAUGCAUACAGGUCCUGUCACAUCGGACGUUGCUUUUCGACGAGGGAAUCCGGAGCAAACCGAAAAAGUACAACUACGAUUAUGUCUUUGGUGAAAGUUCGACCCAAGAAGAGGUGUACAAAACGACAACGGCUCCGCUGGUUCGGGAUGUGCUCAACGGAUACAAUGCCGCUGUGUUUGCCUACGGUGCCACCGGAUCGGGUAAAACUCACACCAUGCUGGGGCUCAGCCCAAAGCAAUCCACAACGCCUAGCGUCGAACCGACAGACACUUCCGUGGGCCUUGGCAAACACUCGCACAAUGGACUUAUGAUCAAAGCGGUUGCUGACAUCUUUAAACAUAUCGAGGAAUCGGAUACUCCGGCUAACUUUAAGAUUUCCUUGUCAUACCUGGAAAUAUAUAACGAGCUUAUACGGGAUCUCUUGAAUCCCGGCGGUCCGCUAGAAUUGCGAGAGGACAAUAAAGGCAACCAAUCCGUGGCCGGGCUGUCCGAGAUUUCGACCACUUCGAAGCAGGAAGUGAUCCAACUGUUGAUGAAAGGUAACAAAGCUCGCACGGUGGAACCAACAGCAGCGAACCAAACAUCGUCCCGUAGUCAUGCCCUACUGAGCAUCACUGUGCUCAAUCGAACAGCGGAGGGCACCAAGCAAGGGCGUCUAUUCCUGACUGAUUUGGCUGGUUCCGAACGUGCCCGGAAAACUAAGAAUCGUGGAAAGCGUCUACAAGAGGGGGCACACAUAAAUCGCAGUCUCCUCGCCCUCGGUAAUUGCAUUAAUGCCCUCGCAGGUGGUGCCAGAUAUGUUAAUUACAGGGAUUCGAAGCUGACUCGCCUGUUGAAGGAGGCCCUCAGUGGCCGCUGUAAGACGGUCAUGGUUGCACAUGUGGCGCCCGAGGAAAAGCACCGAGAUGAAACGAAAAACACUCUUGUGUAUGCUGAUCGAGCCAAUCACAUCACAACCCGAAUGCAGAAUCCUACCAUACUGGAGGAGAACAGGGGCUUGCCGAUGGCCCAGUAUCAGAGUCUAGUGGCCGAGUUACGGGAAGAGGUUAGCCGGUUGAAGGCAAAAAUGCUUUCCGAUAGACCACGGAGUGGUGUCGCACUUCAGCGGGAGCAACAGCUUCAGAACGCUGAUAACAACAUCUCGUCAGAAGAGCUAUUGAAGAAAUCCGAAUUGAAACACCUCAGAGAGCAAAUAGUGCACACUUUCAAGCAACAAAUGCGACUCCGACGGAGAGUUCUGGAAGCGGAUAGUCAUCUGCUAGGGUUGGAGCUGGAUGCCGAACGACAACACAUGGUGAUCUCCCAUUGGCAGAGUCGCCAAGGGAAGCUGUACGACCGAAUGGAGGAGAAUGAUGAUUCGGAUUCCGAAGGAAGUACAGCCCUGAGAUCGGCCUGGAAUGAGUUGUCUGCUAUCGAGAAAGAAGUUAAGCGCUAUCGAGACAUUAGAGUAACCACUGAGCAUGAGUUGGAGGAAUGCCGGAAAAGAGGAGUGGCCUUGGAGGACCAACUUCCGGAGAGGAUUAGCAGCGAUGAAGAACGUGAACUUUUGUCUUUGUUAUGUCGGGUUCACGAACUGGAAGCUGAUAAGGUUUCACUCCAAGCCGAGCGUUUGGCUCGCCAGGCGGAACUUAGGCGACGAGAUCUUCAACUUUUGCGAGCAGAACGACAACGGAGGUUGUGUGAAGAUAUCAUUAGCACGCAGAGAAGAAUACUUGAAGAUGGCAAAGUAGAGCUCCCGGACGAUCUCCGUGAAAUGUAUGCACUCUAUCAGCAGGAGAUUCAUGCAAGUACAUACACUAGUGGAAUGCAGACCGCUAGCCGCGAGUAUUACGACACCAAAUUGCCUCCAAUUUACCACAGGGAACGAGGACCCAAUUCUCCGGGAAGCUCGAGCUCUGGUUCGGAAUGGUCCCCUUCUCCACUUCCCCCGAUCGACGCCGAGGGCAAUCUCAUUAAUCCUGACCGAGUGAUGGGCCCUCCAGUCGGGCCCAAGUUACCGUCCAUCAAUCGACUUCGCAGCAGUUAUGGCAGCACCCAAAGCACCUCGAGUGACGAUUAAUGUUCGAUGGUGGCAAUGAUUGUUAGAUGGCUUUCUCUCAAUAAAAUAAAUUAUGGCUGUCCGGGUUGUACGAAGCCCAGCAAAAGAUUAUAUUUGUUCUCAAUAUGACUGCGCGUCGUGCAGAUUAUUAUUAUUAUAUCUACAAGAAAUAUUUGUGUACUUAUAAUGCUGUAAAUGAGACAUAAUUUCAAAUGAUCCGGAAACAAAUAUAUGCGUAUAACACUCGCAAAUUCAUUGGAGCACAUAUCGUGGUUG